CACGACACUUCCGGUCGGCUGGUGGAGGAGGAGUGACGGGGACACGGGCAGGAGGGACUGGGAGAACAGCUAGCAAUGAGCGGCAGUGCUUUAAAUCAGAGGAGGAGAUAAGACGAGGCGAGUGGAGUGUCCUAUCAGCGUGUGCCCGGCAGACAUGGAGCUACAGGAGACUUUGCUGAUCUACAAGGAGAUCCUUUUAAAGUAUUUAUUUGAUGGCAGAAAAUUUGUGAAUGAAGCCUGCAAAGAACUUGAACCAUGCCAUCUUAUAGCGCUGACGUUUGCCUCCGCGUUGUUAAUUGUGUGGCUUUACAACUUCGUCUUUCAAAAAGAGAGCCUUCUAACACGGUGCAAAAAACAAUUUUUCCGAAUAAUAAGGAAAUUGCCAUUCGUUGGCACAAAAAUCCAGAAAGAACUGGAUAAAGCUUUAAAUGACAUGGCUCAUCUUGUGUUAAAUGCAAAGGAUGGCGUGAGCUUCGUGACCUCUCUUCCUCGCAAUGGACUGAAGCAGGAGCAAGUCAUGGAGAAGCUGAAGGAAUAUUCUGCUCUAGGUGAGGUAUCUUGGGAGAAGGGAAAGGUUUCUGGGACUGUUUAUAGUGGAGACGAGCGGCUGACUAAGCUGCUUGUAAAGGUGUAUGGAGAAUUUGCUUGGAGCAAUCCCUUGCAUCCUGAUAUCUUUCCUGGCGUGCGCAAAAUGGAAGCGGAAGUAGUGAGAAUGGCGUGCACGCUCUUCAAUGGAGGCCCUCAGUCAUGUGGCACAGUCACAUCUGGAGGUACAGAAAGCAUCUUAAUGGCCUGUAAAGCAUACAGAGACCUGGCAUUUGAGAAGGGAAUUAAAUACCCAGAGAUCGUCGCCCCUGUAACUGCCCACGCAGCGUUUGACAAAGCAGCUAAUUAUUUUGGAAUGAAGAUGGUGCACAUUCCCUUGGAUAAAAAAACAAUGAAAGUGGAUGUGAAGGCCAUGAGAAGAGCGAUUUCAAAGAACACAGCCAUGUUGGUUUGUUCAACCCCACAGUUCCCUCAUGGCAUUAUUGACCCAGUAGAAGAAGUCGCCAAGCUGGCUCUAAAAUACAAUAUCCCGUUUCAUGUGGAUGCCUGCUUGGGUGGUUUCCUGAUUGUGUUUAUGGAGAAAGCCGGAUUCUCCCUUCCACUAUUCGACUUCAGAGUGAAAGGAGUGACCAGCAUCUCAGCAGAUACCCACAAGUAUGGCUAUGCACCGAAAGGCUCCUCUGUAAUACUGUACAGCAACAAGGACUACAGACAGUACCAAUACUUUGUAGCAUCAGACUGGCCCGGCGGCCUCUAUGCCUCUCCCUCUAUUGCUGGCUCUAGGCCUGGUGGUAUAGUAGCUGCUUGCUGGGCCACAAUGAUGCACAUUGGAGAAGAUGGAUAUAUUGACGCCACUAAAAAGAUCAUUACUACUGCACGGUUCAUCAUAAAGGAGUUGCAAAAGGUCAAGGAAAUCUUUAUUUUUGGAAAUCCAGAGGUGUCUGUCAUCGCGCUGGGAUCAGAUACAUUUGACAUUUACCGCUUGUCCAACUCUUUGACAGCUAAGGGCUGGAACUUGAAUACUCUUCAGUUUCCAUCUAGCAUUCACAUGUGUCUCACCGUGCCGCAUACAAAGCCUGGAGUUGCACAGCUUUUUGUGAAGGACAUUCAGGAGUCUGUCGCCGUGAUAAUGAAAGAACCUGGAGCCAAAACCACUGGAGUGGGUGCCAUAUACGGGAUGGCACAAACAAUACCUGACAGAUCGAUGGUGAUGGAGAUUUCCAGAGCCUUCCUGGACUGCCUGUAUCUCACUGAAAUGCCUUCCAGUGCCAAACAGAUAAACGGUUCACCUGGGCACCAAUAACCAACGACCUUCUGUGGGCGGUACUCUACGAAACGGUUUUAUGGAGCCAACACAGCAGGACAGCACAUAGACUGCUUUUUAUUACAUUUACUUUUGUAGCCUUUUAAGGAACAGGUAUAUUUUGAUGAUCAUUUUUGUAUGCAAGGUACUUGUUGUUCCUUAUUUUUUCCUAAUUCAGGGUAAACAUGCGUAAUUUAUUUAGUGAAUAAGUGCUAUGUAAUAACUGUAGAACAUAAUCAUUGCACUUUUUUUUGUAUGAGUGCACCUUUGCUUUGUUAGCGUGUACAGAUCUGACCUGCUUCUGUUUGUCAUUGUUCUUGUGGACAAACCACCCUGUUAUAUGUGUUCUAGGCUGUUUGACUUUCGUUUACAUUUAGUCCUUCUGAAUUAACAUUAGGCUGAUGACGGGCAAAAUAGAUCGAAUUCCAUUCAUUCAAAUUUCAUAAAAGCUUAACCAUGUUUGUGCAAUUUUUAAAAAGUUGGUUUUGAUCGUUUUUAGAUCUUCAGCUUCCAUUAGAAUAAUACCUGGUAAUCCAGCCAUUAGGUUUCUUGUUCAGGCACUUCCUGUUAUAAGGUAACAAUGCUCUCCUUCUAUCUCUCAAUGCUCUUCAGCAUUUUUGCCCUGCCACAUGUGCUUCCACACAUGACUGCUGGCACUCGUUGCACGGGCAUGCCUUCCCCUAUGUAGCCAAUGCUAGGUCUCAUGCAUGUGAAUAGAAAGAGUCUGAAAAAUACUUGGGAAUAUCAGCAGCUAUAAGAUGCAAAAAAAGAAGAAAACAGUAUUUUCUAAAAUUAAAACACAUUUUUUUUCAUUA